CGAGCCGUUGCUGCUGCCUGUGUCACUGGAGGGCGAGUUCUCCAAUAGCAUGAAGGAGAUGAUCGGCGGCUGCUGCGUGUGCUCCGACGAGAGGGGCUGGGCCGAGAACCCGCUUGUCUACUGCGACGGGCACGGCUGCAAUGUCGCAGUGCAUCAAGCUUGCUAUGGAAUUGUUCAAGUACCCACUGGACCUUGGUUUUGCAGGAAGUGUGAAUCUCAGGAAAGAGCAGCCAGAGUGAGAUGUGAAUUAUGCCCUCAUAAGGAUGGUGCUUUAAAGAGAACAGAUAAUGGGGGUUGGGCUCAUGUGGUUUGUGCUCUGUACAUUCCCGAGGUGCAGUUUGCAAAUGUUUCUACAAUGGAACCUAUCGUGUUGCAGUCUGUUCCUCAUGAUCGUUAUAAUAAGACAUGCUAUAUUUGUGAUGAACAAGGCAGAGAAAGUAAAGCAGCCACUGGUGCUUGCAUGACAUGUAAUAAACAUGGAUGUCGACAAGCUUUUCAUGUAACCUGUGCCCAGUUUGCAGGACUUCUUUGUGAAGAAGAAGGCAAUGGGGCAGAUAAUGUCCAAUACUGUGGUUACUGUAAAUACCAUUUCAGUAAACUGAAAAAGAGCAAACGGGGAUCUAAUAGGUCAUAUGAUCAAAGUUUAAGUGAUUCUUCCUCUCACUCUCAGGAUAAACAUCAUGAGAAGGAGAAAAAAAAAUAUAAAGAGAAAGAUAAACACAAGCAAAAAUACAAGAAGCAGUCGGAGUCCUCGCCAUCCUUGGUUCCAUCUCUUACUGUAACUACAGAGAAAACAUACACAAGCACUAGCAACAACUCCAUGUCAGGCUCCUUGAAGCGGCUGGAAGAUACCACAGCUCGAUUUACAAAUGCAAAUUUCCAGGAAGUUUCUACACACGUUUCAAGUGGAAAAGAUUCUUCAGAGGCUAGAGGGUCAGAGAGCAAAGGGAAGAAAUCUGCAGGUCACAGCUCAGGUCAGAGGGGAAGAAAGCCUGGUGCUGGAAGGAAUCCAGGAACAACUGUGUCUGCAACUAGUCCUUUCCAGCAAGGUAGCUUUUUGGGCACUCCUGGGAGCAUCAAGUCAUCUUCUGGGAGUUCAGUUCAGUCUCCCCAGGAUUUUCUGAGUUUUACAGAAACAGAUCUACGAAGUGACAGUUACGCUCAUUCUCAACAGGCUUCAUCAACCAAAGAUGUACACAAAGGAGAGACUGGGAGUCAAGAAGGUGGUGUCAAUUGUUUCAGUUCCUUAAUCGGUCUCCCUUCAGCUGUUUCCCAAUCUAAAAAUUUUGACAACUCGCCUGGAGACUUAGGUAAUUCAUGCCUUACUUCUACAGCAUACAAACGAGCUCAAACUUCUGGAAUAGAAGAAGAAACCGUAACAGAGAAGAAACGGAAAGGAAAUAAACAAAAUAAACAUGGGCCUGGUAGACCCAAAGGAAAUAAAAGUCAAGAAAGUAUUUCCCAUCUUUCAGUUUCUUCUGCUUCCCCAACUUCAUCUGUGGCGUCUGCUGCAGGAAGUGUGACAAGCUCUGGUCUUCAAAAAUCUCCAACUUUGCUCAGGAAUGGAAGUUUACAAAGUCUUAGCGUUGGCUCAUCUCCAGUGGGUUCAGGUAUUUUUAGCAGCAAUGAUGUAGCAGUAUCAUUUCCAAAUGCAGUGUCUGGCUCAGGAUCUAGCACUCCCGUUUCCAGUUCUCAUUUACCUCAGCAGGCUUCAAGCCACUUGCAAGUGGGAGCUCUAUCACCUUCAGCUGCGCCUUCUGUAACUACUGUUGUUGCUGCGACUCAGGCAAACACCCUACCUGGAUCCUCUCUCAGUCUGCCUCCAUCCCACAUGUAUGGCAAUAGGCUGAAUCCUAAUUCGGCAAUGGCAGCACUUAUUGCUCAGUCUGAGAACAGUCAAGCAGAUCAAGAUCUUGGAGAUAAUAGCCGCAGCGUUGUUGGCAGAGGAGGUUCACCCAGAGGAAGUCUCUCACCACGAUCCCCUGUAGGCAGCUUACAGAUUCGCUAUGAUCAAUCAGGGAACAGUUGUGGGGAAAAUUUGCCCCCAGUAGCAGCCAGCAUAGAACAGCUUCUGGAGAGGCAGUGGAGUGAAGGACAGCAGUUUUUACUGGAACAAGGCACCCCUAGUGACAUUUUAGGAAUGCUCAAGUCAUUACACCAGCUUCAGGUUGAAAACAGGCGUUUAGAAGAACAGAUAAAGAAUCUGACUGCUAAAAAGGAACGGCUUCAGCUGCUCAAUGCACAACUUUCGGUUCCCUUUCCAACAAUAACUUCAAAUCCUAGCCCUUCUCAUCAAGUACAUGCAUUUCCAGUGCAAGCAGCACCUAGCACUGAUUCUUUGAACAGCAGUAAAAGCCCUCAUCUGGGAAACAGUUUUUUACCAGACAAUUCUCUUCCUGUAUUAAAUCAGGAGAUAACCUCCAGCGGACAAAGCACCAGCAGUUCAUCAGCUCUUUCCACUCCACCACCUGCUGGGCAGAGUCCAGCUCAGCAAGGCUCAGGAGUCACAGGAGUUCAACAGGUCAAUGGUGUGACAGUGGGGGCACUAGCUAGUGGUAUGCAGACUGUAACCUCCACCAUUCCUGCAGUGCCUGGUGUGGGUGGAAUAAUUGGAGCAUUGCCAGCUAACCAGCUGGCAAUCAAUGGAAUUGUAGGGGCUUUAAAUGGGGUAAUUCAGACCCCGGCAACAAUAUCACAGAACCCUUCUCCUCUCACUCAUGCAACCGUGCCACCCAAUAACAGUGCCUCAGGACUAGGAUUACUUCCUGACCAACAGAGACAGCUUCUACUCCAUCAACAGCACCAGCAAUUUCAGCAAUUACUAAGUACUCAGCAACUCACAUCAGAACAGCAUCAAGCCCUUUUGUAUCAAUUAGUACAGCAACAGCACCAUCACCAUCAACACCAUCAGUCUGAAGUACAGCAACUGCAGAUUACCGGAGGAGCACAGAUACCCAUAAACAACUUGCUUUCAGGCACACAGCCAUCACCGCUUAAUGCAGCUACUACUAACCCAUUCCUUACAAUUCAUGGAGAUAAUGCAGCUCAGAAGGUGACAUAUUUUCUCUUGCACAGAGGCUCAAUGAUAAAACUGGACCAGUUGCAUCAGAGAAGAGUUGACAUUUGAAUGAUACUUGAGAACUGCACGUCCUGCUGUUAUAGCACUUCGUCUGACUGCUAACUGCAGUCUUCCUUUCUGCAGAUAUGAAGAAAUGCAACAAGGAACUCUUACUGCACAGCAAAAGGUUAAUAGGCUUCAAUAAGGAUAUUCUUGGUAGGCUUUGAUUUACUUUCUUGUUGCACUAAAAUGGAAGUACUUUUUCAUGUUUCAAACUGUGAAGUAGAUAAAAUUCUGCAAACCAUAAUUAUUUUGUCAAUAUGACGGUACUAAGUACAAAUUCAAACAUAGAAAACUCAUAUAUGCCUGAUUCUUGAGUACUAAUCUUAUUAUAAAUUCAAAGACUAGUAAACUGUCUGCAGUCAUGGAUUACUUUGGUUUCAGAGCAGUAGUUUAAAAAAAAUAAAAAACAAAAAAAAAAAAAAUA